ACCUGCGGGGGCGGAGCGGCCUCGCAGAGCAGGCAGCCGCGGACCCCUUUGCACCCGCAGCAGCCCCCGGGCUCGCCUCCCGCUCCCCGUCCUCCGGAGGCGGCAGCAGCAGCAGCAGCGGAGGCCGCCACCGCCUCCUCCUCCUCCUCCAUCCCGACCCCGGUAGCUCUUGCCGCCACCGGCCUUGUCGGGAGGGCCUCCCUCGGAGCUUCCGGUUCGCCGAGCCCUGGCGGCGGCGGCGGCAGGAGCAGGAGCCCCUUCGCCCGCCUGAGGUAAAAAAAAAGGCCCUGGGGCCGAGGAGGAGGAGGAGAGCGGGGCCGGGGGCGGGAUGGCUGCGCUCGAGGCGCCACAGGCGCGCACGCGGCGGGGAGGCUGAGGUGAAGCGGCCUGUCGCCCAACGUUUCCUCUCCCAAGGCCCCGCCGGACUGGUGGUGGCUUUAGCGGCGGGGAGGAGGGCGGACUCGAUUUCCCAGCAGCGCCUUGCGCGGCGCGCCUGCAAGAAAAGCAUUCUCGGGCCCUCCCGGGGCAUGGCGGGAGUUGUAGUGCCGGGCUUUGUGUGUUUUAGAAGAAGGGGAAAAAAGAUGCAGUCGCGGGCCGUUUCUCCCCUUGCCACCUACGCAGCCACGGGGAGGGAGGGAGGGGGUGUCUUCUUGGCCGCCUCCCCACCUCAAGAUGAGUGGGGUGGGAAGAGGAAAUUUCUGGGGGCCCCCGCCACCGUCUCUGUUCUCAGACAAGGGGAGCCGCUGCCGGCGCCUCACUACCGCUCGCCUUGGUUUUUGAGACAAUGCCGCCCCUCAGAAACGGGCCGCGCGGGUCUUCCGCCCCGCACCUCGGAUGCCAGCGCGAGGUGGUUUACCUCAGGGAGAGGAUCCUCCUCGCUAACUCCCGCCUCGGAGGUUUAUUCCUCCCCGCCCCCCAGCUUUCCCGCCACACCGCCCUUUCCCGUUUAAGACAUUUCCCUCUCCCCUCAAAGAAAGCCCCCGGCUUAUCGUGGGAGCUGGGUGUUACGGCGGGGACGGCGACCAUGGGUUUUAAAAAUGAAAUUAAACCAGCAGCAGCCCUAAAUAUGCGUGGCGGCAACCCGCUUUUAACCACAGAGAGCAUUCAUUCAGAGUGCGCAGCCAUUAAGACUGUGCUUUCCAUGUAAACCUCAGUCUCCCUGCUGCCAGAAUUGAUAGGUAGUAACAGUAAUGCAUAUGGCUUUGGUGGUGGUGUUUUUGCCCCCCCCCCCUUAUUCAGAAACAAAUCCGAAACUGCUUUGCAAGACAAGGUAUCAUAUAUGCAACAAUUCACAAAAUCUAAAAGCAGGAUCUUUCAACCCAACUCACUACAGUGGUACCUCUGGUUACGUACUUAAUUCGUUCCAGAGGUCUGUUCUUAACCUGAAACUGUUCUUAACCUGAAGCACCACUUUAGCUAAUGGGGCCUCCUGCUGCUGCCGUGCCACCGGAGCACGAUUUCUGUUCUUAUCCUGAAGCAAAGUUCUUAACCAGAAGCUCUAUUUCUGGGUUAGCAAAGUCUGUAACCUGAAGCAUAUGUAACCCGAAGCAUAUGUAAACCAAGGUACCAAUGUAGUUGUAAAUGGUACAAGUGAGACAGCAGAUUUGCCCUUCAACACCAACACCAUGGCCCAGUUUGCAUCAUGGCAAAUUGUAGUUAAGUCUCUGCUGCAUGCAACAAGCCACAAUCCUUGGUUUAGUGUUCGGUCCAAACCAGGAAUUGUGAUUUGUUUUGCUUAAAGCAGGUGUUGGCAGUUCAGCUGCAGACACCCUUCAAUGAGACUGAUUAUCUUGGCCCGUUCUAGCCUGACGAGGUCAAGUUUUAGUUUAUUAUCUCCUUUGGUUUCCCUUAUAGAUUACUUUUAUUGGGAGAAGGACAAGGGGAGUACAGCCUUGUAGGAUCCCUUUGUUCCUCAGCAUCUUUUGCUAUGCUUGACCGUGGUCUCCUGUGAGUUGGGGACAAUGUUUUGCAGUGGUUUCAUGCCUCAAUACUGGUUUGAGUAUUGGGUACAAGACUAGUACUGGGCAAAUGUUCCUCUGCCGCUUGGCAGCUGCUAUAGGGCGGGAUUCCCCCCCCCCCCAAUGCUGUUGAAUGUAUAUAUCUGAAGCAGCUGGGGAGUGUCAUUAGGAGUUUUGGAACAAAGUGUAACUAGGAUGCUGAUGACACCCAGCUGUAUUUCUCUGCAGCAUCUGAAUUGCUAUUUGCAUGUCCUAAACCAGUGCCUGCAUGCAAUUAUGGGUUCGAUAAGUGCUAAUAAACUGAGAGUCCUAGUAAGAUGGGUAAGUCCCAGGUCCAGGAAUUAGGCUGCAUACUUGCCCUGAAUGGGGCUGUCCCUUUCAAGGAAUGGAUGCACAGUUCUGGGAUGUUUCAGGGUCCAUUACUGUUAUGAAUACAUUUAAAUAGGUACCUUUAUUCUCUGUAAAUCUCAACUUAUCACAAUUAAAGAACCCCCAAAAUUAGCAUACGGUUUCUAAGUCCCUGAAGGACAGUUUCCGGGUACAGGAUGAAAGUUCUUAGAGAUAAAUCUGCAGAUAGAUACAAAAGCGGUCAUUAACUUGGCUGUAUGUUAAUCUUUAUACAAAGAUUAAGUUUCCUGCUUAGUAUAAUUCAAGUUACAUAGUUUUUAUUUUGAACACAAAGCAGCUGUAAUAACAUAUUAUGUACACAACAGAACCCACUUGUAGGCUUCUGUGGAGUUGAUGUCUCCAGCUUGCAAUUGAAUGCAAGAGAUUUAGUAAUACAGAAUUCUACUUUUCUUUCUAUAUUCUCACAGACAGAUGGUUGUUUAAAACCCUCAGCCUUUGGCUCCAACUGUAGAUUACUUUGUUUCUGUUUGGCAACACAAUUUAUUGCUACUAGAUUAGGAUUGUGCUCUCAUUCUUUCUCUCUUUUUUCUACCAGGAAGUUUUCAUCCAAUAUUUUUGGGUUUGCAGAAAACCAGAAAAGAUUAAAAAUGUCCAAAAUUACCACAGAACUUCUGUUGGAAAGGGCAGUGCCUAAAUCUACAAGGCUGCGAAAAAUCAAAAUUCUGAAGUAAGUGCAGUCAUAUGUUUAUAAAAGAAGAAAGAUAAUUGGUGCAGUUAGAUCUUAGUAAUUUGAGUUGCUUAAGCGAUUGUAAUAUUACUUUCACAGAAAAAUCAGGGCAUUAAAUUAAAUGCCCCAAAUCACAGAAAUGUAAAACUGAGCAUGCAUUUCCAAGCAAUGCAUUCUACCAAUAAAUAUUGGUAAAUAUGUAGCCUUAUUAGACUAUACCGAUUGGUGGGGUUUGCGUUGCUCCCGGGAGGGAGAAAGGAAGUCAAAUGACACCGAGGUUGAUUCAGAGAGUUUAUUCUGCUCUCCGGAUAGCAGAAGGCACUUGCGUGGUCAGCUCACAGCAAGUCCAAAGAAAUGAGAAAUUUCAUGCAGUAUAUAUAUCCUCCAGGCACCCUCUCCCUCUUUCCCCAGGAAUCCAACCAUGUCAGCUUAUACAUGUAAGUUGACAUCCAUGACCAUAAACAGAUAUUCCUGUUCCGGUACUCUUGACCAUAAAAGGUUGUUCCUGUUCCUAUACUCUUAUCUUGGGGCAGGAGGCCACCAACUCUAAGAGCGCUCCUGGCGCCAUUCCCGGGUCUUUUGUCAGACCUGGCAAGGUUUGUGCAUCUUUGUGGUCAGGAUGUAAGAUAAGACCCAGACGUGCCAUCCCUGCUUCAUGGAACUGGCAAGGCCAUCCAUUGCUGUCAUGGACUGAUAAAGGAGAGGGCUUUGAGCACUUGUUUGUACAGCUGGCUUUCUGUUUAUACAUUGACUCAAGAGCUCAAGUUAAUGCAUUUUAGAAAUGCUCCCUUGGAGGAGGAAAAAUAAGGAUUUGGGGUCCCAUUUCAGACUGACUGCACAGAAACCCAUUCCUUCCCCGUUCAAAUAUUCAUUUACCAAUGAGGAUGGAGCCCUUUUUCUCAGCCAAUGAGGAUGGAGCCCUUUUUCUGCUUGGUUACAGUCCUUAAGAUGCAUUUUCAAACGGGACAGGUACAAUUCAGGAAGCAUUUUGUAAUUAAAAAACCCAAAGUUUCCAAUUAAGAUGGUGCUGUGAUCUGUAAGAGUUCCUGAACAAGAGCCCUGCCCUCCCAUCUAGUCCAGCAUCCUGUUUCCAACAGCAGCCAGUUUGAUGGCACCAAGAAGCUCACAAACAGGGCAUUAAGGUAGCUACCCCUCAUGCUGUUGUCCUCACCCCCAAAUAUGAGAGGUUCUCCUUAACUAUCAUACUUACAGACUGUCAAGUUCCCAGAUCGCUACUUUAUCCUUUUUAGGUUGCAGGAUAGGGUUUGGCUCCUAAGAUCUUGAUUACUUCACAAACUUUUUCUGGCCUUUACUGUUCAUUAGCUACCAUUGCUGAAAUAUAGUUUUUGCUUGUAUUGUUUUGAAAACUCCACAUACUAUUUUAGAUCUUCUGGGUUGAAUCUUGGUGCUGAAAAUGUUGGGGCAGGGGAGGUGUGCUUUGCUGAGCCUAGUUGCAAAGUUAACCACUAAUUAACAAAUUAACCUCUGCUGGAGAGCAGAGAUUUUUCCAAUAGUCUGUACGUUUGGGAUUUCUUCCGCCCCGCUUCAGUCAUUAAUAAAUAUAAAAGCUAAUGUGAAAGAGAUUCAUUCAUUACACCAUCAUAAACAAUGUACAGGUAUGGAUGUUCUCACUAAAUUUAUCAUUCCAAAAUUCAGUUUCUUUACAAGUAGGUUUUCAUUUCAUUUGUGCAGGCCCAGAUAUAAUAUGUAAGUUUAAGGAUUAUAACUCUGUCUGUCUGUCUGUCUGUCUAUCUAUCUGGCCUAUAAAACCAGUCGUAACAGAAAUGGAAGUACUUUCUUUUCCCCCAGUAAGUGACUGUUGACAUUUUUGCUGCUGUGAAUAAGUAUAUAAUUAUCUCAACAUCCCACUUUAUACUUACCAUAAAGCAUUGCAAAAUGUUUGAUGGCAUGAGGGUCAGUAGUGUGCAGAACCUUUUUCUUCUUCAGCUUGUCCAAGUUGCAGAUAACAACAGAAGACUUGGAACCACAGUUAUUUUCUCAUCUCCGCCACCUCCAAGAACUCGACCUCUCUGACAACUUGCUAGAGAGGCUCCCUGACAAUCUCAGUUUGCCAAACCUCCGUAUCCUAAACUGUGACAACAACAACCUGGAAGACGUGACAUCCCUGAAGCAGUUUCCACAGCUGGAGGAGCUAACCUAUCUGAACAAUGUAUACCUGACAGUAAGUACAGUGUUUGACAGUUAACAGGGUUUCUAAGGCUUGCUGGGCUUUCAGCUUAAACCUGGAGAGCUCUGAUGGUGAUUAUAAUAUUAUCGUCUUGUCUCAGGUGGUGAAAGGGGAUGCAAUGCCCCUGUGAGAAGCUGAGUGUUCUUCCUCCCCCCCCUUUUUUUAAAAAAGUCAAGUUUAUAGCUCUUUGAGCAAUAGAGAUUAAAUGUAUGCCAUUUUUUUGCAUGCCUCAUUGAGGGGAGGGUGAGUGGGACUGCCGAUGUGUCAGUCAACUCCCACACCUGUUCAGGCAUUUCAUUGUCCCUUGGGGUUAUACCCAAUGAAAGAUAAGAGGUGGAUCUGUAACAUGGUCCAAGUUCAUCCUGAAUGCAAGAUCUGCUGGAAAAGGGCGACCCAACUUUUCAUACCAAGUAGGCCACAAGAGUACUACGACACGGAACCCGCAGACCACACCCAAAGCCUAGUUAGUGCUUUUUCAGCUUGGGAAAGGCAGCUGGGAGGCAGGUGGCUCAAAUGUUCACGAGGGCCUCAAGCAGCCCUUGGGCCACACAUUGGAUCAGCCUGUGCUAGACCCUGCAAGAUAAAAAUUCAUUUUUGUUACUGUUGUGAGUUAGCUAUUACUGUUGCAUGGACUUUAGAGAAACUGAAAUAUGUUGACUUGACCAGUUAAUUACCUUUUGUGGAUUCACAAUAAUUUCAGGCAUUUUUCUGUUCUUUAAACGUUUGUUUCUUUGACACUUAACAGUCAAAUGUUACUUAAUGUUUUCAAUUUUUUAAAGGAAUGCUUUAAAACCUAAAAUCUCAAUUGCUGGCUAACUCUCUUAGUUGUCACAGUAGGCGGGCCAUACCAGGGCCGACCCAAGACAUUUUGGCACCUGAGGCCAACCACAAAAAUGGCACAGCCCUCCCACCAUCAGGGAAGCAGGGGUGAGUGAAGAUCUAAAUCGGGAACAAGGAUGGAAAAAUAUCUACAUCAGAAACAAGGGGAACAAUCAAACCAGCCUUACUCAACAACUGAAGUGGGAAACAGAGGCUUCCAUGCGGGGGGGGGGGGGGGAGAAAGAGGCCUGCUCUGAAUCAAGCCAGUCAGCUGCAGAGCCCACUAAAACCCAGAGGGCAACACCCACCAUUUAUUCCCUAGGGGUGGGAGUAGGCCAGCAGUGUCUCCUAUUCUCUGAGAGGCCGCUGUAGAGGCACUAUGAGGGUUGGGGGCUGCCAAGGAGGAGGCAGAUUUGGCUUCCAAGGAAUUCUCCACAGCCGUUGGUGCCACCAUGGCAGCUACAACAGCAAUGGGCAAUGCAUUCCUUGGAGGCCGAAUCUGCUGCCCCUGUGCCGUCCAGUGUGGUUGCCUCACCUUGCCUCCCUGGGCCAUACUAGUGGAUAUGAAAUACUUGGUUUGGAGUACAGUUGGCGAGAUUUACUUAAAGGGCAUCUUGUAAAGCUGCUUUCUUUUCUUGCCUGCCCCCCAGCCCAGUGAUGACUAUAAGGUCAUGUUUCUUCUGCAAAAUCUCCGACAACUGAAUGGCAAGGAUAUCACCAAGCUGGCCAGCCAUGUGAGAGUUGUCAAUAGCCGAGAGCUGACCAGUAGGGUAAGCCAUGUGAUGGUUAUAUUUUUUGAGAGCAUAAAAGAAAACUGCACGUUAUAUAUAUAUUUAAAAAGCUGUACAGAAUAAAUAAUAGAAUUAGCAUUGAUGGAAUUACCACCUUAAAUAAAAUAGAUACAUGUAAUCGGUGCUUUUUUCCUAAAAAAAUGUUUAGGGGUACUCUCAUUUUCCUACUCAUAUUGAAAUACUGCCCCUCAAUGAGGCCAAACUUAGAUUCAGAAAAUGUUUAGGGGUAUGCAUACCCCUGUGUCCCCGUCCCCAGAAAAAAACACUGCAUGUAAUAAGGAAGAAAUAGGUAAGAAAAGACAAUCGCAAUAACCAAAUAGAUAAGAUCUGAAAUAGGCACAUUUGGGGGAUCUUCAUAAACGUAAGAGGAACUGAUCCAAACAAAGGGUGUGCUGCCUUCAUAGCAGGGUUAGCCUAGGACUGGGAGACCCAACUUAUAAUCCCCACUCAGGCAUGAAACUCCCCCCUUCCCCCCCCCACACUUUGAGCCAGGCAUACUCUCUCAGCCUUACAGGGUUGUGGUGAUACAGUGGGUGGAAGGCAGCCAUCCUGUGCUCCUUGGAAAAGAAAGGUUGGAUAUAAAUGUUGGCAUCCAUCUGUCUCUAGAGACAAUGGAAGAGCGCGCUAGUCAAGGGGCAAAAGUCAACCGGGCUGAGAGUUACGCGCUCGGGCUGCGGCUGAUAGAACUAAUGCGGGAGAAACAUGCUUUGCGCAUUCGGCGUGAUGAAGGCACCCAGUUUCGCUUUGCGGAUGCAGCAUAGCGUUUUCGCGCCCCAGCAGGCAUUUCUCAUCUGGUCAAGGUUGCGGAUAUACGACUGCCUGGUCUGCAGGCACUGAUAUAAUGUAGUAACUUCUACAGCUUUGACUGCUGACUGUUGCAGAUGUCUCCAAUAAGUAGGUUUACAUAGUGAGCAGACAUGUUUAGUAUUGUACUUUUAGAAAUGCAUUACCGUAUCUUUGAAGGGGUGGAUACGCCAACUCCCGUGGGUUCAGCAGAGGUUUUGUGUGGCAUCUAUUUUCUUUUCUUUAAACGUAGGACAGGUACGAUUAAAACAGGUAUGAUUAAAAAUGAGGAUAAUGGCACAGCAAGCAGAUAAAAAAAAUUAAAUAAGCUUAGCUUUAAUCUCAGAGUUUUACCUCAGCUGCUCUAGAUUCCAGUCAGGUGAGGAACAUUGUCUUUACCUCUUUUGUUCUGCUGCAUCCUGUCCCUUUUCUGGGUGCACAGCCUUAUAUAUCUUCUUGUUAUUUCUGCUUCACUUAACUUUCACUAACUGCUAUUGACAUGAAGUAAUGUUUACAUUUUAUAAUUUAAGAUUAAGUAAUUUUUUUUACUGACUCCAUCUUGACUGUAAAUAACUAUCUUUAUUGUUCAGUAUUGCCUUUCCUAUUAACCUAUGGUUUAUUCACAUAGCCUUAAGUUCACUUCGGCAUGUUCUAAACCUGCAGCCAAACUGGACUAAUAGUGAAGGAGACACUUGAGCACCUGCUUUUAGCAAGCGCCCAUCUCAGCUUUCAUUUACCUGUCAGUUUGACCCAAUUUGACCAUUGGGUGGACAACAGAUUGCAGUUUGUAUCACCAGCUCUCAUGUUUGUGAAGAACAGACAAGUAGUUAAAAAUGCCAUGUAUUGGAAUAAAAAUAAUAAGUGAACACAAGAAAUCUGCCCAUAAAACAGAAAGUAAUUUACAGAUUGAAAACCAUCACCAAACUUCCCCAUUUACUUGGUAUGAGUUUUCAGUUGCUGUCCAUCUCACCUGAUGGAGCACCUGGAGCAAGGUCUGAGCCUAAAAAUCUCAACACCUGGGCAGGUUAAUACAUUCAAAAGAAACCUAGGAUAUUCUGUAUAUUAUUAUUUUAUAUGUACCGUAUUUUUUGCACCAUAACACUCACUUUUUUCCGCCUAGAAAGUAAGGGGAAAUGUCUGUGCAUGUUAUGGAGCGAAUGCCUACGGGUGGUGGUGGGGAUCCGCUGCAGUUGUGACCAGAGGAUCCCCUUCCUUCCCUCCUCCGUGGCUCGCUUUGAAACAGCAAAGCGGGAGAAGAGCCGCUGAGUGGGGAGGAGAGAGGGACAGAGAGCCUGCUUGCUUUAAAGGAGCAAAGCGGGAGAGUUGGCUCCUUUAAAGCAAGCAGGCUCUCUGUCCUUCUUUCCUCCCCACUCAGCUCGCUAAAUAGCAUUAUUAGCAGCAUCCUUCUCCACACACCCCAUGCGUGCUCCUUGUCCCUUGAGUGCUUUUCCUUCCCUCCCCACUUAAAACGUGGUUACAAAGCAUGGAUCCACAUGGAUCCUUAGGAUUUUUGCAUUGGACUACUCCAAACUCACUGUCAGAUCACAUGUCUGUGGCCACAGCAUGAACCACAAAAAUCAUACAUCCACUGUUUCGUUUAGAAUAUUAUUUUUCUUGUUUUCCUCCUCUAAAAACUACGUGCGUGUUAUGGUCUGGUGCGUGUUAUAGAGGGAAAAAUACGGUAAGUUUAAUACGCUUCUCUCUUUGUCUAGGUCAGAUCUCACUGGGGGAAAAACUUCCGGAAGCAGCUGCCCAAAACUCCGUCCCCAGAGCAGUUGAAAUCAGUCAGGAAAAAAUUCAUCAAGUCUGCACAAGCCCAUGUAGCAUAUGGACCCAGCUCACUCAGCGGCUUCACCCGAUGGCGGGUAAAUUCACCCCCAUUCAUUCUCUGCUGCCCUUUGUAUAUUAGGUCUUCAUGCAGCAUCUGAUACCUAACAUAGAAUCUUGAUGGCAGCUGCAGCUAUGCAGAUAAAUUGUCAAAAUAUAAAUCGGGGGCGGAAUCAUUUGGCCCAAAAAACAGCUCAGUGACUCUGAAAUUUGUCUAGGCAAGAGGGUAAAAAUCUGCAUGCUUUGCCAAGAGGCCUUUCAACCAAGGAUUGAUGGAUUGACUUGUGAAAUUAACAGAAAACCAAGAACUUCAGACCGACUUCUCUACAUUUUGCCUUCCUGAUCAUGGCAAUAGGGCUUCCCUGUAAAAUUCCUUAUUUAAAAGUUGACGUUGCUGGUAUGUUGGGAUUGCUAAAAAUGCAGUAGUGCUGAGUGGUAUUGAUAAAGGGUAUUAGGUUUCAGCUGCAAUAUCCUUUGUGGUGUUAGGUGUGCCUAAACUUAUUGAAAUAGAGUAGGCAUGUGCAUGCCUUAUGAUCUUGUUAUUUUCAAAAAAUGUUCUACUGACAGAAAUGGAAACUAAUGACUUUCAAGUAAAUUGAUUUGGAAUUUGAGGCAUAAAGCCAUGCAUUCUCUACAGUUGAGAAAUGGCUAUUUUUAUUGUUUAUAUUAUGCCUACCACAGCAAGAAUGUGGAGCAUUCACAGUCUAUCUUAGAUAAGAGUUCCAUGUGACUUGAAAAUGUGUCUGCACACAGCUUCAUCCAAAGAGAUUUUUAGCCUUUGCAGCCUUUUGGGUUUUUUCAUAGGCACUGCAAGGCUUGAACAGUAAAAUCUGGACCUGUGUUACUGUGUACUAUUGUGUAGCGUCAGAUCAUAUUAGGAGGUGGUGCAUCUCAUAGCCUACAGGUUUGUCAGAACCACAUGUCUGCUGCUGGCAUUGUCUUGCAUUGGCAGGGCUUUGGCAAGAAUGAGAUGUUUAGAAGUAGUUUUGCAAGCAUAGUUGAGAAGUGCACAAUACUCAUUAGAUCAGUGUAGAGUAGAGCAUAAAAAGUGUUUGAACUUUCAUUUUUUCAAAUUUCCAGGUUUAUCCAAGCUACCUUGCCAUCUUAUGUAACUGGACUGCCUGCUUAUAACUUUAUUCUAACAAGACUCCCGCCCUGGGCCUCAGACAAGCUCAACACAGGCCUGAUUAUAUAUCCUGCUUUUUUGAGGAACUUUCUCUUAAAAACAGUUUUUAUAAUCUUCAGCAAUGUUAUGCAUUUGGUAGCCUUAUGACUCUUUUGAUAAUGGUAAUGGGCAACAAAAUAAUAACUGAAUAAAUUGCAGGAUUCCAGUCCAAUUUUUACACUUUUUGCUGGGCUACUUGAAAGAAUUGGUAAAAAAUCAAUGCACUUGAAAGUUGCCUGAGAUGUCUUAACCAUGGCCAUAUCACAAAUCAUUUGACAGUGAAAAUCUAAGAUCUUUCUUAAGAAAUGGUUCCUUUAAGCCUAGAAUGAACAAGCUGAUUACCCUUGUUAAACAGUUUAAAGAGGAAACUAUUCUGUCUUUUAAGGCCUCUGGAGAAAUGCAGAGUUGUUGAUCCCUCUUACAGGUAUUAUAAACUGCUUCCUUUCUUCAUCUAUCUUGUUAUUAAAAUUUGACCAUUCUCCAUUAUCUUUUUCUAUUAGGUGAAAAUGAUUGCAGAGGAAUUCUUGACUUCACUGUUAAAUCAGGAAGACAAGGCUGCUUCUAAAGUGGAAGAAUCGGCUGAGGAGGAGGGGGAAGAGGAAGAAGAGGAGGAGGAGGAGGAGGAGGAGAAGGAGGAAGAAGAGGAGGAGAAAGAUGAAGAGGAGGAAGAAGAAGAAGAAGAAACAGAAGAAGAAAUUAUGGAAAAUGCUUCAGAUACUGAAAAUAAGGUUGCUACUAAGGUCAGAAUUUGGCAAGUGAAUACCCUGACCACCUCAGUCAAAUUAAUAUGCUUCCCCCAGUAGGUGUAAGUUAACAUCUUUCUAGCUCUUGUCUUUGGAAGUUAUUGGCUACUCUCACUAGCCAGUUGGGGAAAGGCAAUAGUUCAAUGCAGAAAAAGGACAUUGAUCAGUCAGAACAUUGGCUUUGCAUGCAGGUUUAGUUCUUGGCAUCUCCAGGUAGGGCCGCUUGCAAUCCUGGAGAGUCACUGAUAGUCAGUGUAGACAAUACUAAGUUAGAUGACCAAUAGCCUGAUUCAGUAUUGUUGCUGACAAGGAAAUUAUGGGUACAGUGGUACCUCGGGUUACAGACACUUCAGGUUACAGACUCCACUAACCCAGAAAUAGUACCUCAGGUUAAGAACUUUGCUUCAGGAUGAGAACAGAAAUUGUGCGGUGGUGGCAGCGGGAGGCCCCAUUAGCUAAAGUGGUACCUCAGGUUAAGAACUGUUUCAGGUUAAGAACGGACCUCCAGAACGAAUUAAGUUCUUAACCCGAGGUACCACUGUAUAUAAAAAGGAGAAUUCCUGGAUGCCAAAAUCCAGGUUUGGGGCAAGUGCUCUUUGGUGAGAGAACCCCAGCAGAGAUUUAAAAUCACAAAAUAUUCAGUCAACCCAAACCAUGGAGCUAUAGGCUGUUAGACCUUUGAAAUAUGCUCUUGUGAGUUCCUUCCAAAACUUCCAAGAGACCACAUGUUUGCAAGUUAAAAAUGGUUUACAGUACUUACAAACUCUUCAAAGGUCAGGGUCAUGUGCUUUUCCAUGUAGCAUGUAGAAAGCUUACAGAGGCAGUAAAACUUGGUUUAGUUACAGUGGGGAAAUUACCUAAAUUAUUGGUAGAGGAACUCAAGAGAGGCUUGUUAGAGCCACAUGGUUUGAGCUUGGAACAACCAGCUCAGACCUCUUUACAUGCUGAGCUUCUCAGGUAGACUGAGAUACAACAAUAGGCUUGAUUACUUUCCUUCCAAAGUGAGUAGGAGUAACCUAGCUAAGUCUCACAGGACAGUUUACUCUAUACCAUUAGAAUUAAGCAUGUUGGUUAGAUGAGGCAGGUUAUCCCACAAGUAUAACAUGGCUUUCUAAUGGUGGAGCAUAUGCUUUGCAUGCAGGAGGACUCUGGGGCAAUCCCUUGCAUCAGUGACUAAAAGGGUCAUCAGGAAGCAAGAAUGAGAGGUCUGCCUGAGACCUUGAUUAGCUGCUAAGAGAGUUAACAGAACUGGACUAGAUGGACUAGCAGCCUGAUAUUUUGUCAUACAUUUCAUAAACUGAAGCAUUAAAGUUUGGCUAUGAUGAACUUAAUAAAAUGGUCAGCCUUCUGUAAUAAGAACCUAGCUUCCUCCUUAUCACCUGGGCCCCACAUUCAUUAGCAUAUAAAGGGAGGAAGUUGGGAAUUUCAGCCACAGAAAUUAGUCUUUGACCUUGUCCACCAUAAUAUAUAUUAACCCAAUACAAAUGGCGUGGAGGCAUAGUUUGUCCUCCCUUUUUUAUGCAUCCCUCCUAUAGUCACUUUCCCUAAUUCAGAAAGCAUGCCACAUUCCAGCAGUGACUGGCCACUUUAGGCAGCAUUGCUCUUUCUAUGCCUGAAGUGGGGAAAGGGCUGUAGAGAGUGCAGCUGUUGGUGAGAGGUUGUGGGGUGCCAGUAUCUUUUGUCAUUGUGUAUCUCAGUGCCACCCGCACACCCCGGUAGGUAGGACAAGGCUUGUGGAGACGGGAAAAUCUGAAAUGCUGUCAACACAUCUCAUUAAUUUAAAUAGGAAAAUCCCCAGUGGAUUUUGUUCUGUGUUUCAGAAAAACAACAGAAAUGUUACUGGAUUGUGGGACGUUGUAGAUUGAAGUAAAAGUUGUCACUAUGCUGUGCAAGCCACUGUGAAACGAUAGCACGGCUUUUGAGUUUUGUUGUGAGAAUGAAUGAGCAAGCCAGGAGUUGCUUCUGUGUUUUGUUUUAAUAGGGCACAGUAACCCCCAGCAAAAGAAAAGGGGCUCAUUCCAAAGGAGGAGCAAGCAAGAGAUCCCAUUCUCGCAGCAGUUCCAAUGAGGAAGCCUCUCCCAGCCCCAAGAAGCCCAGCCGCUUGCAGGAUGAGCGCAGCCCUGAGAGGGCAAAAGCAUCUCGCCCACAGACCAAGGAAUCCCAGGACGCUCAGGAUUCUGAAGGGGCCCAUCGGAAUGGAGGGCGUCUUCCAAAAGCACACAGCCACAAAAGGUCCAGUCAGCAGAAAGAGGAGCACAGAGAGGAGGAUGCAAGAGAUGUUUGUAGCACUCCAAUCAAAGACUUGGAAGGCGAGGUAUCAGGAGAGUCUUCCAAUGUAGGGCUUGCUGGGGCAAGAGGGCAACCUUCCUAAAACUGGAAAUUUUAUAAUGAGUUUGUAGGCUUGCAAAAAGCAAUGAAUGCAAGAAAACAAGGAGCCCUGUACCAACAAAAAUAUAUAGAGAAACAUCUAUAUAUUUGUUGAUUUAUUGGAGGAGAUUAUCAAUAUCCUGACAUGUUUUGAGUUACAAAAGCAGACUUGAAUCAGGAUAAACCAUGUUUUUCCCAUGGUAAAACAAGUACACUUUCAAAUCUUGAAAAGUAACUGAUCUGUGACAUCCAGCGCAUGUAUAGUUGAUCAAAAGUACAAAAUUAUCAAGUUUAUGUUAUGUCAUUUCCUAAUGUAUUUAUCCUCUCAGGCUCGUUUUUGCUGGGGUGAGCUGUUUGACUUCAAAUUGCAAGUGAGAACACACAGAACUGAGUGUUUCACUGUAGAAAAAAAUUUCCCUGCACCUAGUAAACUACAUGUUUGGGAGAAGGGUUCUAUACUGUUCUUUCUGGCAUGCUAGUUUUUUGUGUGCAGGGAAUUCUAAGGUUCAUGUGCAUAUCUCUAUAAGUUAAUAGGAAUUUCCUGGAAAAAAUGCAGUAAAAAUGCUAUACUGUUAAUUACAGGGCUGGACAGAAGAUAGAUCACAUUUUGCUUGUGGCAUAUCAGAAAAGGUUUGUGACUCCCAAUUGUUUAACAAUAGCAGCAGCAAAAUUACCGUAUUUUUCGCUCGAUAACACGCACCUGACCAUAACACGCACAUAGGUUUUAGAGGAGGAAAACAAGAAAAAAAAAUUCUGAAUGAAACAGUGGAUGUAUCAUUUUUGUGCUUCAUGCUGUGGCCACAGACAUGUGAUUUGAUGGUGAGUUUGGGGUAGCCCAAUGCAAAAAUCCUGAGUCCAUGUGGAUCUGUGCUUUGUAACCACGUUUUUGCACCAUUGUGGCCCCAGGCAACAGUGGGUGCGUGAUUUUUUUGGUGCAGGCUGUAGCCAUGGACAUGCUAUGUGAUCUGAUGGUGAAUUUGGGGUGACCCAAUGCAAGGAUCCUGAGGAUCCAUGCUUUGUAACCACGUUUUUGCACCAUUGCAGCCCCAGGCAACAGUGGGUGCCUGAUUUUUUUGGUGCAGGCUGUAGCCAUGGACAUGUAAUGUGAUCUGAUGGUGAAUUUGGGGUGACCCAAUGCAAGGAUCCUGAGGAUCCAUGUGGAUCCGUGCUUUGUAACCACGUUUUAAGUGGAGAGGGAAGGAAAAACACAGAAGGGACAAGGAGCACGAGAGGGGUGUGCGGAGAAGCAGCUGGCUAACAAAGCAGGAGAAGGCUUUAACGGGAGGGAGGAAAGGAAGGCAAAAGUUCCCCCCCCAGCCAGCCCCCCCCCUCUCUCCCACCUGCAUGUUUUCCGGCUGCCUGCAAGUCCCUAUAAUGCUGGACGCAGCAGCAGCAGCAGCAGCACCGGAGCACGGAGAGGAGGAGGUGGUGGCUGUCGGCUGUGCUCCUAGCCUACGGAACCUGAGCCGGGUGGGCUGGAGCCUGUGCACAGUGUGACUAGGAAGGAAUUAGAAGGAAGGACGCGAUCCUUUCCUUUCCCCUCUGCUUGCCAGGAGGGCAGGGGAUUUCCCUGCUCUUUGUUGAGUUUGAGCAAACACAGCAACCGAAAACAGAAGAGGGUGGGCAGUAAGACCCUGAGGCAAAAUGCAGGAAAGCAGCAACCUCCUCUCUUUAGCCUUCCCUCCUCCGCGCGAUCUGAUUUUUGCCUGAUUUUUGCCCCUGUACUCGGGCCAGUCGGCUCCAGGGACCACACAUUCACUCAAUAACACACACAGACAUUUCCCCUUACUUUUUAGGAGAAAAAAUGUGAGUGUUAUAGAGAGAAAAAUACGGUACUUUUUUCACCUAGGUUAGGCUGUUUAAAUGAUGAAAGUUAACCAGAAGUUUCCUUUUGUGCAAAAGGACUGUGGGUUCAGUUAGUUCUGGUAGUGAAAGCAAAUUCUUAGAUUCAGAAUGUGCUCGGAGGCAGCCUGAGUUUUAACUCCAUUUUUUGGGGUACCUAGUUCAGGCUUGUAGAUCUUGGGGUUCUAGUAAAAACAAAAACAAGUAGGUCUGCUAAGCUUGAAGUCUGCCUACCCCUGGUUUACUACAUGCCCUUUUAUAGAUCUUAACCCUUCCACAGAUUAGAAGACUGUGACUUCUAAUCUCAGCAGACUAUGCAUCCAGCAAAAGAUGAUGGACAUGAUCAGUUCUUCCAUUACAGUGGAAACGCUUCAGGUUGCAAACUCUGCUAACCUGGAAGAGUUAACUCGAGUUGAGAACUUUGCCCCAGGAUGAGAACAGAAAUGGUGUGCCAGCGGCACAGCGGCAGCAAGAGGCCCCAUUAGCGAAAGCACGCCUCUAGUUAAGAACAGUUUCAGGUUAAGAACGGACCUCUGGAAUGAAUUAAGUUUGUAACUAGAGGUACCACUGUACCAGUCACUUGACUGAAGGGGUGGGAAGGGUAGGGGGUGCUGCUAAAUCUACGACACCCCUCUCUAUCACCCUCAGUUGGUUAUUGAUGAGACACAGCUGGUGUGCUCUGAAGAACAUCCUGCGCAUCCAAUGCGCGUGCAUUGGAAGCACGGAAGCUCUGCAGUGAGGGUCUAGGUCACAACUAUUUUAACAUCCCAAUGUUCUGCCACCUUACUAGUUUGAUAACUUUCCUAUCUGAUGGACUGAGAGCAGGCAACAGUUUGCCUACUGUUUCUUCUUAGAAGCUUUUUGUUCCACUUCAGGCAAAAGUCCCCAGAACAGCUCGUAUAUACUAUGCAAGUUGGAAAUGGAGCAGCCGCCAGCCAGUUUAAAACAGCACUAAAGGUAAAGGGACCCCUGAUCGUUAGGUCCAGUCAUGGACAACUCUGGGGUUGCGGCGCUCAUCUCGCUUUACUGGCCGAGGGAGCCGGAGUACAGCUUCCGGGUCAUGUGGCCAGCAUGACUAAGCCGCUUCUGGCGAACCACAGCAGCACACAGAAACGCCGUUUACCUUCCCGCCGGAGCAGUACCUAUUUAUCUACUUGCACUCUGACGUGCUUUUGAACUGCUAGGUUGGCAGGAGCAGGGACAGAGCAAUGGGAGUUCACCCCAUCGCGGGGAUUCGAACCGCCGACCUUCUGAUCAGCAAGCCCUAGGCUCUGCGGUUUAGACCACAGUACCACCCGUGACUCUAAAACAGCAUUACAGACAGCUUAAAAUAGUCUUGACAAAUAAAACUGUCUUUGCCUGGUUCUGGAAGGGCAUCAGAGUUAAUGCAUAUGCAUACAUUCCCCAGGCUGAUUAGGCUGUGAGAAUAGUAGCUUAUCCUAGGACCCACCCACAAAGAGCUUCAACACAAAAUGGGGUUUUGAACAUGGGUCUCUGUGCCUGACCGCAGCAUUCAAUUUCUGCUCAGAAAACUCAAGUUCUCUCCUUUGUAAAAUGAAGGCUAUGCCUUUUGUGCCAUUGGCAUUGAGCUUACAUUUACAGUGGCCUGCUUUCUUAUAGGAGACGAUCAGCCUGGAGCCUGUCCAUUUUCUACAGUGUCACAGUAAAGGCAACAACAGGGAUGACUUUAAGACCCAGUUAUGGGCCUGUGUCUUUGAGCCUCCACUGGAUUGUGGGACGAGAAAAGGUAAGCAUGGCUGAGCAGCCUUGGCAGACUUAAAAGUAAAAUACCAGAGAAGGAAUUAUGUUAAUAGUUUCAAGGAUUUCAUAGGGUUGUAGAGUUGGAAAGGAACCCUGAGAUCAUCUAGCCCCAGCCCACUCCAAUAUAGGAAUCAUAGCUAAAGAAUUGCUGACAGAUGGCCACCCAACCUCUAUUUAAGAACUUCCAAUGAAGGAGAGUCUGCCACCUUCCGAGGUAAUACAUUCUGCUGUUGGACAGCCGUCCGAAAGUUCAUUCUGAGCAUUAGCCUGCCUGACCUGUUCCCUGCAAGUUUUGGCUACUCAUUUAUACUCUUCCUUCAUGAUUUGCUCCUUCUGUUUCUUAGAUAUGCCUCUUUUAAAUCUCAGCUCACUGGAAAGUUCCUUAUUCAGCCACACUCGUGCCUCCCACUUUUCUUUCUUGUUGGAAUUGUUUGUGAUUGUGCUAUCAAUAUCUCACCUUUAAGAAACUCUCAUCCAUCAUGAACUUCCUUCUCUCUGAGUAUUUCUGACCAUGGGAUCACACCUAGUAGUUCUUAAGCCUUUUGAAGGCUUUCUUAAAGUUCAAAGUGCAUGCCUGACUACACUCAAUUUUCUGUAUAAUGAAUCCCAAGAGGACACAAACACUUCCUCCCAAGGUUCCCACUACUUUUCACCUCAUUCACCAGUUUUCCCCCGUUAGUAAGGAUCAGAAUUAGGUCCAAGAUAGUUGAUCCCCUUGUUACUCCUUUUGGAAAAUGAAAUUGUCAGCAAGGCAAUUGAGGAAUAUUCCCAUGACUAUUAUGUCUUUCCUUUUUGAAUGUUUGGUAAAUGCUCCACGAAAGCAUCACCCAAAUCUUUAGUCUGGCUUGGUGGUCUAUAGGAGACUCCCACAGUGUAUUGUUAUUUGUAUUGUAAUGAUGAGAUGGCCCCCCCCCCAGCCCCCAUCGCUAAUGACAAAAGUUCCCCCUCUCUGGUUCUGAUUCUUUUAGCAGACCCUGUCCUCAUGUUUUACUCAUUUUAUCAUUCCAGUGGAUCAUGUAUUUCUGUUUCAAGUGUGCAGGCUACUUAUACCAAUUUUAUAUAGGCAGAAGCUGCUGUCCACAAUGUGAUUGCAAUUUAAGAGGGAUAAUUUAUUGGUUAGAUCUAACCUUGUAAUUUCUUAAGGCCCAGUUUACACACUGCUAUUUGAUUUGGUAAGGUCACUUUGCCAUUUUCACAUUGUGUACACAUUGCUUGAAGGCGCCUUAAGAGGGUAAGAUUUAUUACUUACUUAAUAAGUAAGCCAUCCUGUAACAUGAAGUUCUCAGGGCAGCUUACAACAUAAAACAUCUGCCUUGUACUGCAUCAGAGUGAAAGAAUGAAAGCCGCGCCUUGCUUCAGGGGUGGAGAAAACACAAACCUCUGAAACAGUGUUCAGAGGACAUGCCACAAAAUCAGUUAACGUGAUUAAAGCUUGUUUGCCUUGUGGAAUAAGGAAUGAAAUCAAGGCCAGUAUGAGUUUUGAUGAAGAACUUGAAGGAAAGGAGAAAGCUGGCACCUCAGACAUGCUCAGGGAGGAAGAUCUGUGCAUUAGGGAUAAGUGAGUGUAGGCUCUGUACUCCAGGGAGCAGGACAGUUUUGUCUGAAAAAAGCACUGAGAUUUUGCUGUAUUGUUCUAGAUAGGGUUUUCAGUUUCUAGUUAUGUAGAGCACCUAAAAUCAUUGGUCAAGGAAAAUGGUACUAUGUUUUAUAUAAAUAAAAGAUGGUGCUUUCCAUGAGAAGUUUUAAGUUGGUAUGUAAGUGUGGACACUGUGGUCCCCAGUAGGUGGCAUAUAGUUACUAUUGGCCUCAGUUGCCCAUUUGUGAUUGGCUAUCAGUGAGAGCAAAGCAGAGAUAGUACAGCACUUGGCACAUUAGAAGUACUGUCUAAGGGGCUAUACCCACACAAAAAGUAUUUCCACAGCUUCCCCACACCUCCAGGAGCUAAAUGUCAGGUCAAAUGGGAACACAAGGGUUACAAUUACUGUUUCUUUUAAAUUUUUUCAGAUCCUGUGGUGAGUUCAUCCAGAACAGCAGCUACCUGUGGUGGAGACUCUGUCUGUUUGGUGGACUGCGAGACGGGCAUUGUCUUGAAAAAGUACAAAGUGACUGGGGAGGUAGGGAAACAAGAAUGUCUUGCUUGAUCCUGAAUGCCAGGUGUUGGGGUUUUUUUGGGGGGGGGUAUUGGCUGAGGGCUUUCUUCAUGCAACAAUGUCUCCUGAUAGGAAGUGGAGAUGGUGACUUAAAACCCAGGUGCUGCGUUGAAUUCAGUGUUUCUAAACAUAUUGUAUUCUGCAAGCAAAAAUUGUGUUACUGGAGUCAAAAAUACAAAGCGAGCACAUGAGAGCGAUGAGUAGGAUCUUUCCUGCCUUUCCUCCCCAGAUAUUUCCCUUCAGAACUCAGGUUACUGAAUCUUUUAUCAGAAACUGCCAACUCAUUUUCAUCUCUGUGACCAGAGGGACUUCCAUAACAAGGGGUGGGAAUUAAAGUUGAAAAUUCUGCAAUGCUACUAAAUAUAUAAUUAGAUGUUUUAGCAUGCAUUAGCUGUUGCUGUAGCAGCAGCACCAAUUCCAGGACUCAUUUAUGAGAUGUUGCAAUCUCUUUCUUACUGUUGUUUAAUUUUCCUGUCACUGACAACAUUCAGUCACAGCACCAAACUGUGAACAAAACCGGGUUUGACCUUCCAAAUACAUAAGCAAACCGUGGUUUAGGGCUGCUUCUCUCCUUUCUGUUUCCCAUCCACUCAGCAUCCUUAUUUUUGUGGUUCAGGGAUCUCUGGCGAUAGAACCACAGUUGUGAGUUUGGCUUGUUAAGUAAGGCUUGCCAAGCACAAAUAGAUACACUCUGAUGCCUAGAAAGGGGAGUAUUACAGCUUGUAGUUAGAUGGAUGGUCUUUUAUCUAUCUGUCAGCCUUUGAAGAACAGAGCUGGCAGUUGUGGAUUGAUGAUAAACUCCCCACAUCUGCAGGGCUAAUUGCCCUUUUGCUCUGCUCAAUAGUUAUAAAAGGUCUCCCCUGACUAAGAGAUAGGGUCUAGCCUCUUUUUUUAUUUUAUUUUUCCUAAACUGGUUUUCCAGGGUGCUGGUUUGCUAGGCCUUUCUGAACUGAGCAAAACCCACCAAACCUCCAAUUUCCCAGGUUACUGUGUGGACAGGCUUUGUAGAAGAUUAACUUUCUUAUUCCUCUCCCUAUACAUUGUAUUUAAGAUAGCUAUGUAUUGCUUUGCAUGUUUUUGCUAUGUCCUUGUUUUCCCCUCCCCCUUUCCUGAUUUACUAUGUUUCAUUGUUGCCCCUUUUUUGUGAAAAGUCCCUAUGUAACUUGUGCUUCUUCUCUCAUAACAAAAUGACAAAUCAAGAUUUAUUUUUUUUAAAAAAAUGAUGUUAUAACCUACUUUUCAUUGCAAAGGCACGGAGGAGCUUUGAGCAAAUUUGUACCUAAAGUAGGACAUUUUGUGUGUAUGCCAAGUGACUGUGUGGGACCAAAGUGUUUAUACACCUUUUGUAGUGCCUCUGCCUCACAGCUUGCUUUACUGAUGACACAUUUCCCCCCUCCAGGAGUUUUUCACUGUUGCAUGGACAACUCUGACUAUGGUCACUAGUGAGGGGCGAAAGAAAAAGCACAAUGUUCUGGCUGCUGCUGGGAGACGAGGAAUUGUGAAGUUAAUUCAUGUGACCGCUGAUUACUGCUAUGGAGAGAUCAAGGCACACAAGAAACCCAUUGCUACUGCCUGCUUCAGUCCAACUUCUGAGACGCAUCUUUUCAGUAAGUCUCCCUCCAGGUUCACUCAGUCAGCCCUUGCCAAAAGGCCUUUUUUCCCUGAGGCAAUGCAAAAUAAUGCUGUCUUUGUCUGUUCCAUAGUUUAGGACUGUUAAUUUAUUACAAAUCUAAAGCCAGAAUUUUGCAGCCAUGAAAGCAGUAUCUUUCAAGUUCACCAAUGGCGGAUAACAUUAUGCAGAUUCCAUAGGUAUCUGCUUGAUCUAAUUAAUUUGAAUUCAAUUAGACAUGCAAUUAGCAGGCGCUGAACAUGCGGUAAUCAUUUAUCUCUGCACCAUCUACAUUUGCAGUCUUGAGUGCAGCCAUAGCUGUUUAAGUCCAUUACUCACAGUGGGAUGGAAACUCUGUUGCUGCCCAGCUGAAGCACUGUCACCAGAUGAGGGCUGGAGUGGGUACAGUGCAGGAAGUCAGAUCCAUGUGAAUAGGUAAAAGGUGAAGUCUACCUUCUCUUGUUGGAAGUCCAGUGCAAAAGGAAAAGGGAAACUUCCAAGUGAAACCUCCUGUAGGCACUAACUUCAGCAAGGCAGUGGCUUAAGAUGCCUUCCCAUGCCCUGUUUAUGGCAUACACUUUUAAGAUGCAGGAUGUUACAACAUUUCUUAAUUUCUUAACUCUUAAGUGGGGAAGGUCAGCAAUAUUCCAAUUUUUAACCACUGAGGUGUUUUUUCUCUCUUCCUCCUCCUUCUGCCUCAAAGCCACCUUGGGUCCAUGCCCCUCCCAGGACUCUUCAUUCCUCUGCUCAGUGUGGUUGUAUUCACAUUGUUACCCUGGGUUCUUUUAUGAUGUAGGGCACGUUUUGGGUAGUUAUUUUGAAGACUGCCUCUAUCCUCACCAGGAUGCAUGUUUUCUCUUCUUUCUCCCAGCUGCAUCCUAUGACAAGAAAAUAUGCAUGUGGGACAUUGGAGUUCCAGAUUCUGAUUAUAAUUUCAAAGAAAGGUAAUGACACCAUAACCAAAGUUAGCAAAAAGUGGUGAACUGUGAAUGGAAGGUGGGAACUAAAAUGUGCUUCAUUUGCCAGACAUCUGAUGGUGCUAGAGACCAUUGCCACACCCCUACGCAUCGCCCUCGUGCCCUCUUGCCCAGACCGAUACUUGGUGGCUGGCUGUGAGCAAGGUUGCUUUGCUUGGGACAUUAGACUGGAUGAAAAGCAGCAGAAAAACAGGUAAGUAAAUCAUGCCUGGUGUUACCAGGGCAGGGGAGGUAGAGGAGAGUGGUAAUUUUACAAAGAUUAUGUAUUCAGUUUAGCUUUCCUUGCUGGGCAGUGGUUCUCUAGGGCCUCAGUUGAUUCUCAUGACAUCUUCAACAGAUAGUGAUAAUCUAGGAAAUUCAGUAUAGCACUGGCAUAAUUCCAUAACAGGCAACUUAUUCAACUGCACCCAAUCAGAAAAUAGAGGUGGCACACUUGCAUAAUUGUAUCUAUAUGCAAAUAAGCUUAGGGUGCUAUUAUCAAAUCCAGCCAUCCUAUAUGAUGGCUGCAACUUCCACCUUGACGCUGAAGAUAGUUUUGUAAUUUAUUGCCAUAAAUCAGGGGGCACAGGUCAUGGUGCGGCUGUCGUCGGUAACUUGUUAAAAGAAGUGUACAUAAGUCGCUAUUGUGCUCCAGUUUGUUCUGCUAAAACAAAUGGUACUUUUUUGUCCAUUGGGUCAAGCUGCCCUGUUCAGAGUUUUCCUGACCUCAGUACAUGGAGAUGCCAUAAGCAAAGAAAAGAAAGAAGGUAGUAAAUAUAGAGAGAGAAAAUAGAAACAGGUAACAUGUAUCUUAGGCUAGGAUUUCCAAUUUGUUCCUUCUCAGAAACCGGAGAAAGUACUGUAAAUAAUUCUUGAUUUCUUCUAUAACUUCUGACGAUUCACACCUUUAUAACUGCCCUGUCAUUAUGUUGAGCACAGAUUUAUGGAUGAUAAGGGAUUUUGAACCAAGGUCUCCUAGUAUUAAAUCCAGCUGGAGACCAUAAGUUCAUCAAAACAUAGAAAGAUGCCUGUUUGUCCACGUUGCUUUAGGACUGGGCUAUUUUGACAGGUCGUACUUUCCAGGGUCUAAGGCAGAUGGCUUUCCCAUCAUCUGCCUACCUACCUCAUCCUUUAAAAUAGCACUACCAUGUAUGGAAUCUGGGUUGUUCUGCAUGCAAAGCACAUGUUCUGGCAUUCUGAGGUCACACCCCCAUAGAUGCUUGCAAUAUAAUUGCUAUUGAUUUUUCAAAACUUGCUCCUCUGCUAUGCGAACCACAAACUUACUUUUAUUUAUGUAUUAAAAAUCGCUGAAAACCGAAGACAUGAGUUACUCUUUAAUUGUACAGUUAUGGUGCUUGCAUAAUAGUGUUGCACAAUACUUUUUUUUAAAAUGUGAUCUUGUUCUUCCCAAUGUUCCAGACCUUAUGAAGUAGAAUUCCAGUUCCCAGAUGAUGAGGGGAAUGAAACAGCUUCCCAUCGAGUGGAUGGUCUGGCCUUUUUGAAUGAAGACAUUGUGGGUAAGAAAUUUGCAUUCAGAUAGGUUAGCACCUGCAACUGCAUGCGUAAGAUGACAUUGUUUCAGUGGCCUGGUUCACAUGUAACACUAAGCCAAACCUGGCUAUGUGUGAAUGAGCAAGUGUGUGGGUACUCAAGAGGGAAAAUUGUGGCUGCUUUGCCAGCUGCUGCACAACCUUGAACUAAGCCACAUGUUCGAACCCAGACUUGUUGUUUGUCUCUGUCCAUACAAACUUUGAACUGUAGCUAAGGUUUGUUCUUGGCUCACUAUUUUUGUUUGCCUGGAGGAAGCAAAUCAUGUAACAAUAAGUCAAACUGUGGCUUAGUUUUGGAUAGUGCAGCGGCAAGGCCAGAGGGGGAAGGAAAGCAGCUGCAAUUUUUCUUUUGAUUAUGAUGGAGAACAUAAUACUUUCAAAGGACUCUUAUCAUUUUGAUGAUUCCAUACAGAACUAGUUGCUUUCAGGUGCUGUAUGCAGUGAAUGUCCAUUCCGGAACACUGAAAAGAAUAAGCUGUUAAAAUCUAUGGUGGCCAUCAAUCUUGAAUUGUUUUGUAGAAAGAUGAUAAAGGAUAUUGGGAAGCAUUUAAUGCAUAGAAAAAUUAGUGAAAGUCUUAAUUAUAAAAGACAUUUUAAAAUGAUCAUAUGUAAUCACUUGAUAUGAUGAUGAGAGCUGAUCUGAAGAGUUAAGUGAUUUUGAGUGAUGAUAACAUUGGGUUGCAACUGCUAAGAUUGCUGUGAUCCUUUGAUUGGUGAACUAAAAUCAUGUGUGUAACCUGGAAGUGUAUAUGAAAGAUUGCUGUGGAUGUGAUUCUUCGCAGCCUUUUUAUUUUUGAGGUUGCCCCUAUGCACAUUUAUAUUUCAAUAAAGGCCUAUCUUUUCUCUUGAAGCCUGCAUCCUUUUUUUCUGGGUGUCUGGAAGGAAUAUCUUCAGUCUAGAAACCGCUCUUAAAUUUCUCCAUCUACUCGCACACUCCCUCAUUCACACUUAGGCAGGGUCUUGCAUAGUGUUGUGUGAAGUGGGACAAUGUUUGUUGAGAUGUUUUAGUUACGCCUUUGGCGUACUUCCCCAGCUUGCUUUCUUCUUUUGCACUUAGAAACAUCUUUAAUAAAAUGGCUUUUUUUAGAAAAAGAAGAAACAUUUUCUAGACAAAUUGGCAGUAAGUAGACUCAAAAAUCCCUUUGAGCUAAUGCACACUUUUAAAGAAAGAGAUAAAAGUAGACUAAAUGCCAGAGAAGAUGGGUUAGAAAAGUUUACAAACUAUUUGGUCAAAGCUGAUGACCUUCAGUACCAGGGUACAGCAUUGACUCCCUCCCAUUUCCAUGCUUGCCAAGUCAUAAGAGAUAAAGAUAAUGUUGCACUUUGAUGACUUCUCUACAGAGAAUGGGAAACCUCUUUCGUUCCUCAUUUCAGGGUUUAUGCUGUGUGAACCUGUUAUCUUUAUUGAAAGGCCCCAAGUCUUCCACAUAGCUCCCCCUCCUUGGUGAUUCUUAUAGAACAGCAAGUAUUCUGCACUCCAUGUAUGACAAGCUCCUCUCUUAAGUCAUAUGAAACCAGUCCUAAAUGAGCACACGUAGGUGGAAUAAGUCCUAUUUAAUUCUGUGGAACCUACUUCUGGGUAGAGAUGUUGGUAUGCAACUGCACUGCAAGUUACUGUGAGAAAAAAAUGUAUGAUUGAAUCAGGUGCAGUAUUGGGUCCCUCAGCUUCACUUUAAGGUUAUGACUUCAUUUGGCUUUCUUUGGCACAUUACCAGAAAGUAAAUUUUGUGUUGCCAUUAUUAACCAUCACCUUCUGUCAGGCCAUAGGAACAUAGGAAGCUGCCUUGUACUGAGUCAGACCACUGGUCCAUCUACAGUAACUGGCAGUAGCAGCUCUCCAGGAUUUCAUGGGAGUCUCUCCCAGCCCUACUUAGGGAAGAGAUGCCUUCUGCAUACAGAGCAAGUGCUCUCCCACUGAAAAUUAGUAUCUUAACUGAUAAAAGCUAAUUUCAUAGGAAGAUGCAGUGUUCUGGCAGCAGGCACACUACCUAGCAAGGCAUGUUUCUUUUCUCUCCUCUGCAGUUACCAAGAGUUCUAAGACAGGGUCCAUAAAUCUCUGGAGCUGGAGCCGCUCUUUCAAGCAAGGGAAGGGAGGUCGCAGAACAGUGCAAGCCAUCAUCCUGGCUGAACUGGAGUGGUCCUCAACAGAUCUGCCUUACCUCACCCUCAGCACGUGUCCGAGUAAGUGUCUCCCAUACUGCUGACCCUGCCCUUUUCACCAGUGCUGCUGGUGCCUUCUGCCACUUAGGCCCCUGGCAGCUCUGAGCAUCUAGAGGUGCUGGGUGGCAGGCUCUGCCCUCUCAUGUCUCUCAGGCAUUGUAGUUCAUGAAGUGUGACAUGCUGGCCACCUGGCUUCCAUCUCAAAAAGCAUGACAGCACCAGAUAAGCCCACCUGGAGGGAGGCUGUGUAGCUGCACCAUCACUAGUGCCCAGUUGAAAGUGGGCAUUGAUAGCAAUGCUGAGCAGGGGCUGUGAAUCCAAACUUUGCCAGGAAGUGGUCUGACUAUGACAGCAGAAUAAUAGAGGAAUGCCCCCCCCCAUUUCCUGACCACCUUUUUCCUUGGAGCAAAGGCCAAGUCAAGGGUGUGCCCUGCUCUGUGCAUUGGGCUGGUGACAACCUGAGACAGCUCUGUGGUGGUUGUAGGAGCCAGGAAAUCCUGAGCUGAUCCAACAGCAGCAAUGUUGAAGUCUCCUAUAAUUAUCAUCUGGGAUUCCUUUAACACCACAAGUCAAAAAUACAUUAGACAGAGAGUGUUGGGCAGCUGGGUGGGCAGUACACAAAGAGCAUCUUUAAUCUCUCUUAAGACUCAGUGUUAGAUGCAGGCCUUAUAAUUCUUCCCCUAGUUCCCAGUCAGGGAGAACAAACUCUGGCAAACCACAGCAACCUCCCUCCCCAACCCUCUAGCCUGAGUUUGUGCUGCAGUGGGUAUCCAGUGGAACAGAGCUGGGCAAGAUCUGGCCUGCUUUGACUUCUCCACCUUACAGGUGCACUCAUGCAUCUUUGAAUUAUAUCCCUCUGUUCUUAUGACUGAAAUUGUAAGAUUGAUUUGAUUUGGACCCUUUUGCUCCUGCAGCAGAAGAGUACGUGUUCUGUGGUGAUGAGAAAGGAAGUGUCUGGAUGUAUGACCUCAGCAACCACUUGUCCACUCUGAGUGCCACAAAGGAAGAGUCGUCAGUUAAGAGAAUAGGGCCUUCGCAGGUACAGGGGCAAUUUAUCUUUCUGGGGUUUGUGUCCUGAUGUUCAAUUAUGGGACAACAGGUACAAAUGUAUAUUUGAUUUCAAAUAUGUUACUGGCUAUUUAGAGGUUAAAGACAUUUUGAAAGAUACAGUAAAUCACCUUUGAAAGAGUUUUCUUAACUCUAGAAUUUUGUAUAGGAUGAAAAAUGGUUUGGAAUAUUUAAUAAAAAUGUUUUUAUACUGCAUUCUAGAAGAAGGUGUACUGCAACAAGGUUGAAUUGUAUAUAAAAUGAGACAGUAAGCUCUUCCCUCUCAAUCUUUUCUGCUUAGGUCCUGAAGUGGCCAGAAUUGAAAGCAAAUGGUGAGCUGCUGACAGAUGUCCUGGUGAACAAUGUAGUCACAGACCCCACCUUCACUUACCUGGUUGCUCUCACCGACGUAAACAUUGCCGCAAUAUGGAAGAAAGCCUAGCUGUUCUGGCGUGGCCCCACAAAAGGAGCCACAUUUUUCGCCCACAUUUCAGUAGUGCAGUAUUUGUGACCGUUCUGGAAAUAACCAAGCUUGGGGUGGGGGGUGGGGAUUUAAACUUCAUGUGAAUUAAUUCAAGGAAAAUCAACUGAAGGGUUGGCUGGAAGCCUGUGCUGGCCAAUCCCCACAUCUUUUAACUGUGACUUUUACUUUUAUUGGUGUUUUAAAGUGUAUUUGUUUUAUAGAAAGACAGUAUUUAAUAAAACUUGAUAAAAGCU